AUGGCAGAUAGUGUGGUGAGUAGCAUUGUUUCGUUUGCGGUGGAUAACUUGUCACGGCUACUUGUUGGUGAAGUGAAGUUACUUUCUAGUAUGGAAGAUGAUAUUACUUCUCUGCGUAAUGAUCUCAAGUUCAUGGUAGCGUUCUUGAAGAAUUCUGAGGGAAAUCGCAACAACGAAUCGGUGAAAGAGAUGGCGGACCAGAUUAGACAAGUGGCUUUCCAGUCUGAGGAUGCCAUUGACACAUAUGUUGCUAAUGUUGCCAGGCACAAAAGCUUAAACAAGUUGAGGAUGUGUUUCUACUGCACAGGCCACGUGGCAAUACUUCAUGAGUUGAAUGCUCAGGUUAAAGCAAUCAAGUCCACUCUUAAAGGUAUAUAUAGAAACAAAGUCAUGUAUGGCAUUGAUGAGCAUAGUGGUACUACAAAAGGACGGAGCAGGUGGUGUGGAGUAUCUCCAGAUCAGAGAAGAAGGAGAGAUGUGGAAGAAAGAGAAGUGGUAGGAUUGGUGCAUGAGUUCAAUGUGGUUAUGGAGAAGCUCAUGGAACCAGAUCCUAAUCUUAACGUGGUUUCCAUAAUAGGCAUAGGUGGUUUGGGAAAGACCACCCUUGUUAGGAAGAUCUACAAUAAAGAUGAGGUGAAGAAAUCAUCCAUAGAUGAAUGUAAAGAUUUGAGUGUGGAUGAACUGAAGAAGAGGUUAAGUGAAUGCUUGAAGGGAAAAAAGUAUCUGGUAGAGCUUGAUGAUAUUUGGAAAACUCAAUGUGGGAUGAGUUGA